AUGGCCCUUUCCUCAAGUUGGGCAGAUUCAUUGGGAUCAGCAGUAUGCCACUACAACACCCAAAAUGACAGCAGAAACGAGACAGGAGCUCAUUGCAGAGUGUCUGGGGAGGACAAGCGCGCCUACAGGGUGGAAUCCCAUGAUUGCAGCCCAAAUGUUGCCCAGAGCCCUGCUCACGUGCGGCUGCCAGGAACGGAUCAACCCUGGGAACUGCAGGGGUGCCGAUGCGCAUUGAUAGGGAAGGCGGUCAGACGCAGCAGAAGGCCGGUUAAUAAUAUUGUCGAUCCAGCCACGGUACAGCCCGCAGCGCGCCCAGCAGAUGCAACAGGCACCAGAUUGAUCUUCACGAUUGGCGCUCUGGCUGCACUGCUAGGGUCUUCCUGCUCAGUCCCUGCUCUGCCAUCUCCUGCCCAGGACAUGAUGGUAGCUGUUCCAGCAAACGCUGUCAGACAUAAUAUUUCCCUUCCUUCCCACUCAUUCUUAUAA